AUGACAGAUAACAACAAUAAUAAUGUUCUAUGGGACGAUUUCAUGUUGGUGGACGAUUUCUUUGACGAUGAUGAUGAUCUACCAUUCCAAAAGGCUAACAAUAGUAAUGGCAAUGGCAAUGAAUCAUCUCAGGAAGAUCUUCCCCUCACUCCUUCUUCCUUGUCCCCCAAUCAAGAACGAGCCUUAUCGAUACUCUUGCUGAUAUCAGCCAUGUUAUCCGCAUUGGGGAGUGCUUCCAUUGUGUACAAGGUCCUGCGAGACAAACGACAAUUGUCCAAACCCUAUCAUCGAACCAUGCUCGCACUAAGUAUCUCGGAUGUCAUUGCCUCCUUGACUUUUGGACUUUAUCCCUUUCUCAUGCCAUCCGAGACUAGAAUAUGGAGUUUUGGAAACCACACGUCUUGCAAUACAUUGGGGUUCUUUACCCAAUUUAGUUUUGGAGCCAUUGGCUACAAUUGCAUCCUCAGUUUUUAUUAUCUACUCGCCAUCAAAUUCAACAUUAAACGACAGACAUUCAGUCAACGAUACGAAAGACCGAUGCAUUUCUUGAAUUUGAGCUUUUUUCUAAUUACGGCCAGUGUGGGGGCAGGCUAUCAAUUCUAUGGUCCUGUUGACGUUGGAAUGGGAUGCUGGGUCAACAAUUGGCCAGAUGGAUGCCAUCUAACGGGAGACUGCGUCAGUCAGAAAAUUGCCAUUGUCUUUGCCGGAAUUCCAGUCUCCUUUUUCUUUGUCGCCAUUGUCGUCAAUAAUUUGGUCGUCUACCGUCACACACGAACCAUUUUCAAUAGUCUGGAAAAGGUAUAUUCCUUGCAGGAGCAGCAACAAAAGCAGAAACAGGAGGAGUCGUCAUAUACAACGUCGGCGUCCUCACAACAGCCCCAAGGAUCCUUGACGGCAAAAGAAGCCAUUGCGGCACGAAAGAUUCAAGUACGAAGCGAAAUGUACGAGGGUCGAUUGCAAGAAGUGGCCCUCCAAGCAUCCAUGUACGUUGGUUCCUUCUUGGUGUGCUACACUCCCGCCUUGUCCACCCGUUUGAUUGAGACAUUCUCCUACCAAUACGACGAUGCCAAAAUUUAUUGGUUACUCGUCAUUACCGCCAUGACGCUGCCACUCCAAGGCUUUUUCAACAUGUUCAUUUAUAAUCGACCACACUAUGUCCGAGUACGCAAGGCUCGUCCGGAUAUGCCCAUGGUCAAAGCCAUUUGCUGCUCGGUAGUGGAAUGCAAGUCCUUCUCGGCGGCCGUAUUUCCAGAACGGACAAAAUCAUCAGCGACUGGUGACAAUAAGGGACCCCACGACAAGAAGGCAAAACCCAGAUUCUCGGCCGUUGGUCGCGGGUCCUUGGAUGUGGUCAUAGAAGAAGAAAGUCAAGUUUCGGAUGAACAUGAAAAUGAUGGGAAUGAUUGUAGUGAAAAGCCAACGGAUGCGACUCCAAGACUUGACAACACGACAACCGACAAUGAUAGCACCAUUAGUCAUGCUGAUGACAAUGAUGAAGGAGGAGAGGAUACUUCGUCGAACGAUGCUCCCAUUCUUCACUCACCAAAAGGAACUGCGCCGGCUGCUGUGAUUGACAUGACUGGUACAGUGUCGAACAGUCGACAAUUCGGUGCUUCUGGUGAGAUCGGGUUCCAGCAAGUGAAUGAAUGA